CGUAGCGGAGCAGAAACAGCCAGAGUUGACGUUAAAUUAUAGUAGAUUAUGCUAAAUCGAGACGCUUAGAGUCGCUAGCAGGGGAUAAAAGCUGACUUUCUUUCUGAUAGGCGGUAACCGAAGUUGUUAAAAGCAGCGUCUGAACGGACAAAAGAGUUACCAGAUUCCCACAGGAGUAAACCAGGAGAGGGAUGAUGGUUUCUAUGUGAAGCUCAAGUGCAGCUGGACAAACGCAAAAUGAGCAAAAAGUAUGAGUCGGCAGACAUGUCAGAAGUGGAGGAGCAUAUUUCACUCAGAUAUGAGAUCAAGAAGAGAAUUGGAAAAGGGGCUUAUGGUAUUGUAUGGAAAGCGGCUGACCGACAGACAGGGGAGACUGUAGCGGUGAAAAAAAUCUUUGACGCUUUCAGGAACCGGACAGAUGCUCAGCGGACAUUCAGGGAAAUCAUGUUUCUCCAGGAGUUUGGCGAUCACCCCAACAUCAUCAAGCUGUUAAAUGUCAUCCGAGCCCAAAAUGACAAAGACAUUUAUCUCAUUUUUGAAUACAUGGAUACAGACUUGCACGCUGUAAUUAAGAAAGGCUCUCUUCUCAAGGAUAUCCACAAGCGUUAUGUGAUGUACCAGCUCUUCAAGGCCAACAAGUACCUCCAUUCAGGAAAUGUUAUUCACCGAGACCAAAAACCCUCCAACAUACUCCUGGACACUGACUGCGUUGUUAAGAUCUGUGACUUUGGCUUAGCCAGAUCUCUCAACCAGAUCCAAGAGGACAGCGGGAACCCAGCUCUAACAGAAUAUGUGGCUACGCGCUGGUAUCGGGCUCCUGAGAUCCUGCUGGGAUCAACAAGGUACACCAAAGGUGUGGACAUGUGGAGUCUCGGGUGUAUCCUGGGAGAGAUGCUCCUGGGAAAAGCGCUGUUUCCUGGAACUUCAACCAUCAACCAAAUAGAGAAGAUCAUGUGUGCCAUACUUCACCCCAGUCCUGAAGAUAUUCUGGCCAUCAAGUCUGAAUAUGGAUCCUCUGUCAUCCAGAGAAUGUUGCUGAAACCUCAGGUGCGUUUGGAGGAUAUUCUCCAACCAUCCGUGCCUCCUGAUGCUCUUGACCUGCUGAAGGGUUUAUUAGUUUUUAACCCAGACAAACGUCUGACUGCUGAGCAGGCCCUUCAACACCCAUACGUAGCCAGGUUCCAUAAUCCAGCCAAAGAACCAGCUCUUGGUUAUGAUGUAGUGCUGGCAGUGGACGAUGAUGUGCAAUUAUCUGUGGUUCAGUACCGAAACAAACUAUAUGAGAUGAUACUUGAAAGGAGAGCGCAUCAAAAGAUGUUUGGGCUACCAAACAAUGCUGACUGUGUAGAGAAAAAGAGUACAAGGAGUGAGAAGGGAGAGAAAAGCCCUGUAGCUGCAACAUCUAAUGAAGAAGGGAAACAGUCCAAAGAGGAGGAAGGCGAGACCAACCAUGAGUCUUUACAUACUGGGGCCACUAAAGCAGAGGCUGCCAAUGCAUCUACUUCAUCUGCUAUGGAGAACACGAAUGCACUAAAUGAACACAGCUCAAGAAAACUGACGUAUAACCCAAUUACUCAUGCUCCAAAUGCUGCUUUUAUCCGGGCCCCUCAUUGUUCUGCAACCAGCAGGACCCCAGCCAGACAAGCCAGAAAUGAGACUCCUAUUAAACCACCAGCAGAGUGCAGCAGUGUCAUGGUAUCCAUGGAUCAGAUUCUCCAGCGGGGUCGUUCAACUGCUGUGGUUCACAACCGCUCCUUCUCUUGGGCCUUAAACCAAACCAAAAACAACCCUCUAGUCCGUAAAGAUGAGACAUCUUUAGCUGCUGGGCUGCAUAUCUCUUCAGCUCGACUGAACCAGCGCCCCAGUUCUCAGGCUCGAGAGGCUCGUCCACCGCCACGGUUCAGCAAAAAAGUGUUUCAGAACAACUGUAACGUGGCUGCUGCUGGGGACCCACGGGCCAAACUAGGCAGCUAUACCCAAGAAUACGGCACAAUCAACAAGACAGGACUGGAUAAUCUUAUUCGCAGCUGCACUCAUAAACAAUAGCUUUUAUAAUACUGUAUGUUUCAUAAAAGGAGCAUGUAUUUGGACACACAACAAAUAUGGCUUUGAUCCUCUUGUUAUGACAGGAAGACAUCUAGCUUGACAACAGGUAUAGAAUAACUUUUGAAUAGCCUAUGAAGAUGGAAUCUUAACAUUUAUAGUAGUAGAAGAAGCUAUUAGAAUUUUAACAUGUCAUUUUUCAUUUUUUGUGGAAAUGAGUGGAAUAUGCACUACUCUAUCUAUCUAAAUGCAAGUUUAGCAGGAGCCAAAGGUGCUUUUUUAUCUUACCUAGGUAUUCCUGAAAGUCUAAUUAAGUCCAUUUAAAGACAUACCCAUCAGCAAAAUGGUUUAACUUCUUAGUAUGCCAUCAGCUAUGUGGGUUGAAAAUGAGCACAUAAGAACUGUAAAAUAUGCAAACAGAUAUUUUAAUAAAG